CGGCUGCGCCUGCGCCGAGCCGAGCGCGCUCUGCGGCGCGGUCCGCGGUAGAGGCGGCGCGGACAGCAAGGGGGCGGCGGAUGGCUCUGCGGGGCCCGGCGGGCUUGGGGCCCGGCUCUCGAAAGCCGUUGGACGAGGCGGUGGCGGCUGCCGAGGGGCGCGAGGCGUCGGGCCUUGUGGCUCCGGGAGCCGCGCCGGAGGACGAUGAGGAGGACGAUGGCCGCGGCCGGGGCCUGCUGCGCUGGGACGGCUUUUCGGCCUGGCUGCACUGCGUGUGUGUGGUGGGCUUCGACCUGGAGUUGGGCCAGGCCGUGGAGGUAAUUUAUCCUCAACAUUCCAAACUUACUGACAAAGAAAAAACCAAUAUUUGCUAUUUGUCUUUUCCAGAUUCAAAUUCAGGUUGUCUUGGAGAUACCCAGUUUUGUUUUAGAUUUCGACAGUCUUCUGGGAGGAGGGUGUCACUGCAUUGUCUCCUGGAUCAAUUUGACAAAGAUUUACCAGUUUACUUAAAGAAGGAUCCUGCUUAUUUCUACGGAUAUGUGUAUUUCCGACAAGUUCGAGAUAAAACUCUAAAAAGAGGCUACUUUCAGAAGUCAUUGGUUUUGAUCAGCAAACUACCUUAUAUUCAUUUUUUUCACACUGUGCUCAAACAGAUAGCACCAGAGUACUUUGAAAAGAGUGAACCUUAUUUGGAAGCAGCUUGUAAUGAUGUUGAUCGAUGGCCUGCCCCAGUGCCAGGGAAAACAUUACAACUGCCUAUCAUGGGGGUGGUAAUGAAGGUACGGAUUCCCACAUGUCAUGACAAGCCUGGGACAACACAAAUAGUGCAGUUAACUCAGCAGGCAGACACACAUAUAUCUGUUAUUUUACCUACUGUUCAUGAGGUGGAUCUUUUCAGGUGUUUUUGCCCAGUUUUCCUUCAUAGUCAGAUGCUUUGGGAGCUGGUGCUAUUGGGGGAGCCCCUUGUGGUCAUGGCACCAUCACCAUCGGAAUCUUCUGAGACUGUACUGGCACUUGUUAAUUGUAUUUCUCCGUUAAAGUACUUCAGUGAUUUCCGACCUUAUUUCACCAUUCAUGAUAGUGAAUUCAAAGAAUAUACUACCCGUACUCAAGCUCCGCCUUCAGUCAUAUUAGGAGUAACCAAUCCUUUUUUUGCUAAAACACUCCAGCACUGGCCACACAUUAUUCGAAUAGGAGACCUUAAACCUGCAGGUGAAAUUCCUAAGCAGGUGAAAGUGAAAAAAUUGAAGAACCUAAAGACUCUGGAUUCUAAACCUGGAGUUUAUACCUCUUAUAAGCCAUAUCUAAAUAGAGAUGAAGAGAUCAUAAAACAAUUACAGAAGGGUGUACAACAGAAACGUCCUUCUGAGGCUCAAAGCGUUAUUCUCCGACGCUAUUUUUUGGAACUGACACAAAGUUUCAUCAUUCCAUUAGAAAGAUAUGUGGCAAGUUUGAUGCCUUUGCAGAAAAGUAUUUCUCCAUGGAAGAGUCCACCUCCGUUAAGACAGUUUCUUCCAGAAGAAUUUAUGAAAACACUUGAGAAAACGGGACCUCAGCUAACCUCUAGAAUAAAAGGCGAUUGGAUUGGACUUUACCGGCAUUUCCUAAAGUCUCCAAAUUUUGAUGGCUGGUUUAAGGCCCGGCGGAAGGAAAUGACCCAAAAGUUGGAGGCACUUCAUCUGGAAGCUCUUUGUGAAGAGGACUUACUUCUUUGGAUCCAGAAACAUACAGAAGUAGAAACAGUAGACCUUGUAUUGAAGCUGAAAAAUAAGCUGUUGCAGGCUGAUCGAGAGUGUUUACCUGUGAAACCUGACACUGUGGAAAAGUUACGGACACAUAUAGAUGCAAUUAUCUUAGCAUUGCCAGAAGAUCUGCAAGGCAUACUACUCAAAACGGGCAUGACAUGAUAUUUGCCAGGACUUUCCCAGCCAGAAAGGAUUGUGCACCAUGAAGCAUAAUGGCAUUUCAACCAGACGCACAAAGGCGGUCUCUCAGUGGCAGAAGAGUGGAAAAUAGCCGUGAAUGCUAGAUACAGGGUGGAAAGACUGUAUUGUAUAAACAGACCUUUUUAGUGCAUUAUUUUUAAAAAUGGAUAUAUGUUGUGGUUCCACUUUAAUACUGAAACACCGAAAGGCAUUUCUAUAUUUUUAAUCAUGUUCUAAAGUGCUCUUAUGAGAGACCUGUGGAGCCAUCAGUAUUAGUGAUUCCAUACUGCAGUGCAGGCAUUGCAGAUAUUUUUUUAAAUUGGUGCUGUUUUGCCCAAUCAUGUUAAAACUCAGGGGGAUAUAAAAAUAACAUUCACACUGGCUAUCUUCUUAAGAAGGAAAAGACUGAACUGUCCAACUGUAGUUAGAAAUAAUUGAUGCUUAUGUAGUGCCUUCUGUUGUCCUACAUGUUUCACAAAGUCCAGCUGCUAGUCUUAAAGCUUUUUAUUAGCUUGAUUAUGAUAUGGAGUUUUAUAAGGCAUUCUUUCAAGUGAUCAUUGCUUAAAAAUGCUUCUUGCUGUCCAUCGUGUUUAUUUGUAGGCAUGGUGGGGUUUUUUCAGUUGUCAUGUAGGUUUUCAUUUCACUAUUGUCUUUUUUUUUAAACGUGUAUAUUUAAUAUAUACAUAAGAGACACCCUAGGAAUGAGUAGUUCUUGACAUUUCAGUAUUUUUCUUUACCAUUUUGAAAAUGUAAUGUGUCAGUUUCUCCAAAGGCAAGAAGGCAUCUAGUAUUAAUUAUGGAAGAGUUUAUUUCUCUUACUCUUUACUAAUUGGGCCUGUUUAAAUUAAUUAGCUUGGGUGUUUUUCAUAGACAUUCUAAUUAUAACCUCAUAAUCAGCCAUUUUUCAACUGAACUAUUCUUAUUUCAAAAGUAUUCAUAAAUCUUAUGUGAUAGUUAUUUGAGUGAUUGUAAGGUUGAUUCCCAGCACCGUGUGUUUGGUAGUGUUUUUUCCCCCAGAUUAAUGUUUCUCAGAACCCUUUCCUUAUUGUUGUUUGACCUGGGAACUUUUGCCUGAAUCACUGCUGUAGCUAGUUUUUUGUUGUUCUUGUUUUUGUUUGUUUCUGUUUUAAACUAUACUACCUUGCCAAAAAUAGAAGGAUGUGAUUUGGUAGAUUAAGGUUGUUUGGUUUGUGUUUGAAUAAGAGUGUCCUGCACACACCACUAUUUAAAAUAGGCACACGUGACAUAGCACAUAUAUGUUAAUAGCUGUGUCUUAAAUUACCGUCUAAAUAACCAAAUUUAGUUGUAUGUAUUUAUAAAAGCAAUGGCUUCAGAAGCUAUCUCUUGUUCUUUAUUGAUAUAACUCUCAAGGGCAUUCCUGACCCAAGAAAGGCUCCUUGUGUUUGUAACUGGUCUGAUACCCAAGUGUGCCCUUUUCUCAUGGAUACAGUCUCUUGAAGCUUACCUCAAAGUCAUAGAGAGAAUAUGGCAUUUGAAAGAAAUCACUUGCCUUGGAUCAUAUGAGUUAUUUUGUGAAACAACAGUUGACCUUUCAGAAAAGGGCCAACUACUUUUAUAUGCUAAAGUAUUUCAUAAUUUUCUGGGAAACCGUAUUUAGGUAUAAAUGGUCAUCUUAUUAUUUUUCAAAAAGGUAUAUUUUAAUAAUAUUACAAUUUAUAUACAGUUUGUGACCAGAAUUUGAAAGUUGUGUCAUAUCAAGGAUCUUUUAAAUUAUACCACUAUAGGAUGUAUCAUUUCAAGUUUAUUUUGCACAGCUAAAGAAAGUAGCAAAAGAUGCCAAUUAGCAUGAUAACGGUGUCUUCAUAUUUACUUUAUUUAACUGAAACCUAACACAUGUUGAAAACCAUUUCAUACCUUAUCUGGUUUAUCUCCUAAUUUCAAAUUAUGUACUUGUAAAAAUAAUGUAAAGUUGUAUUGGGAACCUGAGAAAGACUGUCUGGUAACUUAAUUCUUUUGUGUGAUUUUCAGAUGUUUUAUAUUUUUUUUUCUUGAGAAGAUUUUGUUAAUAUCUAAACCCUGCCAUUUAAUGUUUUAUCUCCACCAGCAUCAGAAGGAAUCACUGCUUUAUGUGUGUUAUGUAAUGCCUAGUGCCUUCUAUUUACAGUGAGAAAGAGGCUUUGUGAAGGCAUUUAUGGUCAUUACCAAAAACUGAAUUAAAGGCCUUGGAUUUUAAAGCA